AUGUUCUCUGAACUGAUCAUUUCUUCUACAUUGUUAUUAAACGCUUUCACUGUUAUAAAUUUCAAACUAUCUAAAACAAAUCAUUUCGAUUCCUUUGUAAUUAUCGAAGGUGAAAACCGAUCAGUUGCGGAUCGUAUAAGAGAUUUUCUUCUGUCGUUACGUAGUUUUCGAGUAUUCAUCGCUUUGUGGAAUAUUUUCGUAAUUUCCCUGAUGUUUGUAUUUUUCUCACACUGA